UGUUGCUUGUCUUUCAAAGCUAGUUUCUAAAGUUUGAACUAAGUUUAGCUUCGAAAAUCUUCUGAAUGUUUUACUUUUUGGAGCAGCGUUUGGAUGGCCACUAAAAGAAAUAUGAACGUCAUACAAACGUCAAUAAAACCGAAGGCUGCUAGUACUUUCUUUUUGAUUUAAAUACAUAAUUUGAAUAAUGGUAUAGCUGAAAACACUGUACAACAUAACGCUAACUUUUAAAAUGUUGUUAAUUAUUCUUCUCACCAUUGUUUGCUCAGUAUGCAGCCAGAAUAUGGAUGCAAAUAUCACUAAGUUUGUCGAAAAGUAUCUUCCACUGACUCAUCGACCAGGCAUUGUCUCGGACAUUGUGUAUGUGUUUGCUGACAUCUACAACAUCAUAGACGUGAACGAAAGGGAGGAGACAAUAACAACUAAACUGUGGCUCUAUGUGGGAUAUGUUUUGGGUGUCGACCGUCGAGAUUGGGACGAUUACUUCCCAGAGUUGUACGAGUUCUAUCCUGGAUCAGACAGCGUUUGGCUUCCUGAUAUUGUUGUUCUUAACGGCUUGAAGAAGGUAAGCAGCUCAUUCAAGGAUCCAGUGGUGAUGCGGCUCUACGACUGCAAUGGAACUGCACCAUACGAUGCCUGUCCGGUCAAUCCCGACGGAAUACUAGUCGUGUUCCCGUUGGCCCUAACUCAGAAGACGACCUGCACUUUUGAUGUCACUGAUUUCCCAUUUGACACACAGUACUGUAACAUCGAAAUCGGCCCAUGGUUCACAGAUAUGACUACCUUCCCACGGGCGCUUUUUCCAACUGGUCUAGGCCCCUUCAUCAUACAGCAUCCAGUUCCCACCGUCAGUAGUAUGAGUCUGGAAUCAUACAUUCCCAAUUCGCAAUGGGACCUUGUCAGUGCCCGAAUGACUAAUACCACACGUAAAGCGAGGUUGGGGUCCACACUUAAAGAAUUCGAAGUCAUUGUGUACACGCUAGAAAUGAGGAGAAAACCACAGUUCUUCGUCUACACAUUAGUUCUUCCGUGUCUCAUUCUAACACUGCUGACUGUGCUGUCGGUGCUUCUUCCUGUCGAGAGUGGGGAGAAAAUGGGGUUGGGAGUGACCAUUCUGCUGGCACAGGUGGUCAAUCUAAUGAUCCUCUCAGGGCUCAUACCAACCAGCUCCCAGAACUUCCCCGAGCUCGGCUACUACUUCCUGAUCACGAUUUCAUUGAUUGCUCUUUCUCUGCUCUACAACGCUGUCAUCAUGUCGAUCUAUUUCUACGACUACGCCAAUGUAUUAGGAUACCUCAAAUCUGCCAUAACUCAAGAACACACACUGAGGUUUCAAGGAUCAUUAUCAAUCAUAAUGGAUUUUCAAGCAUCUAAAGUUGAACCAAGGAAUCAAGCAGACAGUGAACACAUCUCGUCCAAAAACCCAGGAUUGGAGAUAGAUUCGAAACUUUCACUGGAAACUUCCUUGAUCAAACUUGUCAAGGUCAUCCAGGAAACUAAAAAUGGGGUUUCGAACGAGUCCAAUGAGAGAAGACAGAAGUUGUGCGCUGUCGCCGACCAUCUUUUCGCAAUCAUUCUUUUUGUUAUUAUCUUGAUUGUCCACGUUGUAUUUUUUAUCCCCCACGCAUAAAAAUCUGUGUAUUCUUUAAGUUUC